AUGGAUUCAUUUCUUGCCUUCAUUGGUUUCCUUGUUCUUGUCUCUUUUGUUACUGCUUGUGAUCGAUGUGUUCAUCAAUCCAAAGCUGCUUAUUACUACAGCGAUGCACCUAUUCAAUAUGGUGCAUGUGGCUAUGGUUCCUUGGCAACUGAGUCCUUCAAUGGAUACGUUGCUGGUGGUGUGCCUUCCCUUUACAAACAAGGAGCUGGUUGUGGUGCUUGCUUUCAGGUGAGGUGCAAGAACAAAAAGCUUUGCAGUCCAAUAGGAGCUAAAGUAACUUUGACUGAUCAAAACUACGAUAAUCGAACAGAUUUUGUUCUCAGUAGGAGAGCUUUCUCUGAAAUGGCUCGAUGGGGUAUGGCCCAAGAUCUUUUGAAACUUGGAAUGGUUGAUAUCGAAUACAAGAGAGUACCAUGUGUAUACAAAAACAAAAAUUUGUUCAUGCGAGUAGAAGAAUGGAGCAACAGGCCAUACUACUUGGCCAUGAAAUUCCUCUACCAAGGCGGCCAAACAGAAAUAAAAGCAAUUGAUAUUGCACAAGUUGGUUCCUCGGAUUGGGAACCACUGAAAAGAAACUAUGGAGCUAUUUGGGACACAAAUAGAGUUCCUGAAGGAGCACUGCAACUAAGAAUAGUGGUGGCUUCAGGAUACAAUAAUGAGAAUUGGAUUUGGACGAAUUAUGAGCUUCCUGCCGAUUGGAAAAAUGGAGAGACUUACGAUACUGGAAUUCAAAUUGAAGAUAUUGCCAAAGAAGUUUGCCCUCUAAAGGAAUGUGGCGAUAGACUAUGGAAAUAGAUUAUUCUGCAUGAAACAAU